CGCCACCACAAAAUCAACCUCGGCGACCUGGUCACUAUUGUCAUUCCAGUGGAGGGCAAGAGGGACCAGUACCUAGUCAGUUUGCGAAACAAGGUAAUUCACCUCACCUGGAACCUCACCGAUGGCACGCACAGCCACAAGGUGCUCGCCGAGGUGGCGUCAGAAAGGCGCGGAAAAGAGCGCUUCAACGACGGCAAAGUUGACGCCCUGGGCCGCCUGUGGAUCGGCACACUGCUCAACGCCGAAGACGGUUCGGUGGUGCCCGGCGCCGGGUCGCUCUACAAGUUGGACACCGCCAAUGGAAGCUUCACGAAGAUGAGCUCCAACUUCACCCUCUCCAACGGCAUGGCCUGGAACGCCAACAACACGCUGAUGUACUUCAACGACUCGGAGGACCGGAAGACGUACGUCUUUGACUUUGACCUGCCCAAUGGGACGAUCAGCAACAAGCGCAUCCUCGUGGACUACGCAAAGGAGCCGGAGAACGUCUAUGGCGCCGGUGAGUACCCCGACGGCAUGGCCAUGGACGCCGAGGGCCGGCUGUGGAUUGCCCUCUACGGCGGCGGACGGGUGAUCCGGUUAGAGCCGAGCACUGGGCAGCUGCUGACCUCAGUUCCGGUGCCCGCCCCUCAGACCACUUCGCUCGCCUUUGGGGGAGGCGCCCACUUUGAGACGAUCUUCGUGACGACGGCCAGCAGCGAUGUGAAAGGCAAACCGCAGUUGGAGGCAAAGUACCCGCAGGCUGGGCGCAUCUUUACCAUCACUCGAAAGGCGAAUGGCACCGCCCUACAGGGCGUCAAGGCGUUUAAUUUCAAGGCCAAAAACUAA